AUAAUGGCCAUAAAGGAACUGACAUUUGUGGUGUGUUUUUGGACCGUCUGUACUGCUGGGCAUGAAUUCUUCUCAUCAACAGAUCAAAUUGCACAGCUUUUUGAGAAGAAGAACAACCUUCUGAUGAGCUUCAGUCAGUGCAUUGCUGCUGAAGAAAAUUAUGUGGAGAUGAAGAGUGCUCUUCAGAAUCUUCUGCUUUUAUACUCUGACUCUGAGGACCCUGAAGAAAUCAUGAGAGACCCUGUGGCAGCUUACAAACUCCUCAGACAACUGAGAAAUGAUUUGAUACAUAUUGUAGAACACAUCCAUCCGAGUCGUCAGUGUAAAGAGUAUCAUGAUGAGUUGAAGACAAAGAUCCCACAGUGGGAGGAUUUGAAUGGUGCAGCUUCAGGACUGAUCAGACUGCAAGAGAUCUACAGACUCUACCCAGAAGACAUCACAAGUGAAACGUCUCUAAAUGCGGAUGAAGCUUACCAUGUGGGGUUGGUUGCUUAUAACGAGGACAAAUUUCAGCAUGCUUUUCUCUGGUUUCUGCAUAGUUUGAAUAGAUUAACAGCAUACUCAAGCACUAUGGAGGAAGAACUGCUUCACUACCUUAGUUUCUCAGCCUAUUAUUUUGGCAGUCUACCUCAAACCUUCUUCUACCAGCAUCCUCUAAAUCUGGAUCCAACUAAUGAUAAAGUCAGACUUCAGCUGAAUAGACUCCAUCACUUCCUGAGAACUUCAAAUCCUGACAUAUUCACAUUGAAUGCAGAGUCAAGUAAAUAUGAGGCACUGUGCAGAGGAGAGGUUGAUGAGAGGACCUCCAAGAGGCAGAGGGCGCUGUCCUGUAGGUACAGCACAGGUGGAGGAAACCCCAGACUAAUUUACGCACCAGUGAAAGAGGAAGUGGAGUGGGACGAGCCUGGCAUCAUCAGAUAUCACGACAUUAUUUCAGAUCGAGAGAUAGAGAUCCUGAAGAAUAUCUCCAGACCUCUACUUUCUAGAUCUGAGGUUUUCCAAGAUGGACGAGGUGCAGUCUCACAAGGCCGUGUUUCUCAAAGUGUUUCUCUAGAACAUUCCCCUGUGGAUACUCGUGUCAGUCAGAGGAUUGCAGACGCUACUGGACUCUCCAUGGAAACAGCUGAACCACUGCAUGUUCAGAAUUAUGGAAUUGGUGGCAGAUAUGAACCACAUUAUGAUGCAUUGAACAUAUGGAAUGACAGGAUUGCAACAUUCCUAUUUUAUAUGAGUAAUGUGGAUAUAGGGGGCGCCACUGUGUUCACUGAAGUUGGAGUUGCAGUGCAGCCAAAAAAGGGUUCAGCUGUGUUUUGGUACAACCUCCACAGGAAUGGACAAUGGGAUUUGGAUACAAAACAUGCUGGAUGCCCUGUUUUACGGGGUAACAAAUGGGUGGCUAAUAAAUGGAUCUGUGAGUUUGGACAAGAGUUCAGGAGGCCCUGUCCUUUGUCAGAAUGGGAGUAA